AUGGGAGUCCGCAGCAGCAGUGGGAGCAGCAGCAGCCGCGCGCAGCCUGCGCCAGGGAAGCCUGCGCCCGACAGGAGCUCCGGUGGCGCGGCAUGCCCUCCCGGCGUCGCCGCCGCCGCCUCCGCGGGCGCUCGCCCGGGACUGAGUGCCGCCUCGGCCCGCCGCCCCUGGCUCUGGCCUCUCCCGAGCGCCUCCCAGGUUCUGCUAGCCCCGAGUCUUCCAGGAGGAUGCGAGUCACCGGGCGCUACCUCUAGAGGGGCCCCGGUGGGAGCCGCCUCUCCAAUCCCUGGGCUCUGUGCCCGCCGACCUCCUCUGGUUCUGGACCUCGGGGACCCUGAAUUGAGUCCCCCUGCACCAACUAACCCCAGUGUUUACCCUGAUCCUGAGAGAGGGGCCACUGGGCCACCAUGCCUGGUUUGGACAGUCCCGGGGACCCCACCAGUCUGGCUCUUAGCCCAGCGGUACUGGGACUUGCGAGGGAAGGCGCCAAGGAACGAGCGCCCCCAGAGGCGCUCCGCGGCUCCAGUCUCGGCGGGUGGGGUGGGUGUGUACGGGGGUGAGUGGUCGCCAAGUGGCGACUUCCUCCUUCCCUUUCCUCUAGGACCCUUCUUCCUCACCGCUGCCUUUCCGCGGAGACGCUCUCAGGCAUCCCCAAGUCCAGUUCCUGAGUCCUGCAGGGUGUCUACAGUCGUUUGGGACCGAGGGUUUCUCAGGGCGUCCUGCGGAAAGCCGCUCGCUGCCGGGCCCCUCCAAGGCGCCAGGAGCUGGGAACUGCGGAGCCCAGAACACCUCCUGGGGCUGAUCCGGACUCGCUGCUGAUCGAAGCUCGCUGUUUCGUGGGCCGGUCUCCUCUUGAGACUCCAAGUCCACGAUGGCGGUGGCAGUGACGGAGGCGACGGCUGCGCUCCUCUCUCAGUGGCCCGGCCCUCCUUGGGCCCUGGGCGAACUUGGGCAGCAGCCGCGCGAGGCUGGCGCUGCUGGGCUCUGAGCACCUGCUACUGCGCUCGCUGGCCCCGCGGCUCAGGGCGGGCGGGGCGGCGGCGGCCGCGGCAAGCACUGUUCGCUCCUGGAGACGCGGUGCUGACGCUCCCGGCUCCUCCUUGCUGCAUUUUAAUUCCUGGCCACUGUGGCCGCUGCACACCGAGCGGGAAGCCUCUUCUUGGAGUUGCGGGGGAGAGGGGUGCAGCACAGAUGUGGUCGGUUGUGCCGGCUUGUGGAAGAGAUGGAGAGUAGUAAAAAUGUUGUGUUUAUG